ACUUGAUACCAAUCUGCAGCAGCUCGUGAAUGCCAUGUAUGUGUUUUGACAAGAUACUUUACACUGUUAUUUUUCUCAAGAGCAGAACUAUGCUAGAACCAUCGUAUUAAGUAUUUAAAACUGAAAGACACGUUAUGAUUUCGUAGUGCUUUAGUAUGAUAGUUGAGUAACUUACAUAAAUCGGGUGUACCUUUACUUUAAAUGUUACAAAAGAACGUUCUUGACGUAAAUCAGGUGCUCCUACGGUGACGUGUUACAAAACCAGCUAGAAAUUCUGUAGCAUGUGUUGUUGACUGACUGGUCAGUUGUGUAUUGCAGAUCGGAAAAUAACACGUAAACGUUAUUUGCUCAACCUAAUCCUUAUAAUCCUUGUUGCCAUGGAAACAGUUAACAGUCAAGAAUUCGAGGAUUACUGGAACGAGUUUCGUGUGCUGGAGGAAAUAAUACAAAAUUACGAUAGUGACGAGUUUUAUGAUACCUCAAAGCCACCAGAAGAAGGAGAGAAUGAAGCAGACUGGUUACGAGAUGCUGGAUUUGAUGUUGAAUCCUUACUAGAAGAAGAUGGCCAGGACAAAGAGAAACAACUAGAGGAGCAUUUGGCUACGCUUACCCAUCAUCAGGUGGAAGCAGUGAAAAAACGUUUUCUAACUUGUAAAAACACGAUUUGUCGGAGACAAAGUCAUGAACACAUUCCAGAUGUAAGAGAUGUUUUCUCUCACAUCCCUCUAGAGGAAAGAACAGACCCCCAAGCUGUAUCAAACGCGCUUACCAAUUCUUCAUCGCCUAUCUCAACAAAUGGAGUCUGCGAGGACUUUUCAUCAGAUUUUGAAGAAAGUGUGACCGUUUUCCGGGCCCCAAAUAAUAGUUAUCAGUUUCAAGAAGUACCAGGAAUCCAGGAGAAGUACCCUAAACCACAGCGUAAAGACAAAAAUUUCCUGAGAUCAGGCCAUAAACAAUACCAGCUAACUCCUUCAGAAGAUCUGAAAUCAAAAUCAACCACAGAUAUUGAAGGACUCCGUUAUCAGAUGCGAAGAUCGGUGAGAGAACCGUCCCACCCAGCUAGCUCGGGUAACACCUGGGAUGUUCUUGAGUGGACAGCGACUGGCAACGAUAAUCAAGUGGAUACGAACCCGUAUUCUGAAGCCGUUGGUACAAGACGCCUUGUGGAUAAAGAGAAGGGAUUUAGUGAGUUACAAUGCAGCGAAGAGCUUCCGGAAGUGGAACGGCCGGAAGAGAAACUGGGUAUCACCUAUCCGACCUAUCUUGGAAAAGAGGACCUUGCCAAAAUACGGAAUCUAGCACUGAUAGAACUUACGUCAUUGUUUGAUGCAUUUGGCUUAUCAUAUAACCGUCGAAAACCACUUAAAAGGAAACUGAAAGAAAGUACAAACACAAUUUUUGGAGUUCCAUUGACUACACUUCUCGAGCAUGACAUUCAAAAAUAUGCCAGUUGUCGAGUGCCCCUAGUGUUUCAGCGGAUUUUAUUCUUUCUGGAGAAACAAGGCCUGAAGGAAGUAGGCUUGUUGAGGAUCAGCAGUUCAAAGCAUAAAGUUGAAAUUCUUAAAAAGGAAAUCGAGGCCAGCUUUUAUUCAGCUCCUCAUCAAGUUGAAAAUGUUUUGAAAAACUGUUCCCCUCAUGAUGUCGCAAGUGUAAUGAAGCAUUUCAUCCGGGACCUUCCAGAACCACUGCUUACCAAUAAAUAUAUGAAUGCUUUUCUACAUAUACACGAUAUUCACGAUCCGUUUAAACAGCUUCGAGCUUUAAACAUGCUUGUGAUGCUGUUACCAGAUGUUCACCGUGAAACUUUACUGGCACUUGUAACCUUUCUGGCUCAACUAGCAGCUGAAGAGGAACACAAUCAAAUGAAUCUUCGAAACAUCGCAAUGAUAAUGGCGCCGAAUCUAUUCCCUCCUUCAUCACAGAGAAAUUCUAUUAAAACUGAUAUCGAUGCUGAGCUUAAUAUGGCUACUAAGAAGUGCAGGGCGACUGAAAUGCUGAUCAAAUACAGGGAUAUUUUAUGGACGGUUCCUUCUUAUUUACUUCAACAAGUGCGGCAGAAGAACGAAUAUGAAGUCUUAAGGAAAGCUGAUGGCAAAGUUAAAAAGAUUUUGGGGAAAAAAUCACGGGCUGACAUGUACAAAAUUGUGGAGCAUGAGCAAGGGAAUCCGGACAAGGCUGAAAUAACAGUUAAUGCCUGGCAAUUUACUUCCCAGCCAGUUCUUAUUUCUGUAAGCGAGUGCACCAUGGUCAGUGAUGUUCUCCACCAGGUGGCUAAACUUUUAGGUAUAAAUUUUCAUCCUCAGGAUCUUGCUAAUAAGGGACGAUCAUCCCGAAGGUCUGUGCCUGAUAUUGUACCUGUGUUAAAACCCAGCCAGAAAUGUUUGCAAUUAACAACAGAUGUGGACACUUUUCUCCAGACACAUUCCUUACAUGAAGUUGGCGGUAACAUCGGUGAACGGCGUUUGGAGGAUGAAGCUAACGCGUUAGCCGUUCAUUUAGCAAACCCUACUGCCGUAUGGGAACUUCGGUGUUGUCAUUGGUAAUUUGAACAUUUUACAAUCGUUCCAUUUGAAGCAUAAAUAAACGAAAUCAAAUAGAGCAUUAUAGAAGAUUUUUCCUUGCAUCUCGGAUUUCUAGGCAACAUAGUGUUUUGAAUAUUGGAAAACUGAUAUUUGCAUUUCACAUAGGAAGACAAAAAAUAGAUGGCGUUCAAUAAAGACAGAUAAAACAACAACAACCAAAGAUGAAGAAUUUUGAAUUACCUAAACAUAUAAUGGACAUUCUAAUGCACUUGUUGUUUGGUGUGUUAUAAUUUUGUUAUACAUUUAUCUUAAACAUUUGUGAGUACAUUGUUGUGAAAAAAGCAGCCUUUAGAAAUUUAUUUUAAUAAGCCAUAUGAGAAAGUCGGUAUUUUUAUUUUGUGUAAUUUAUUGUUGAUUAGCAAUGGAAGGCUUUAAGCCUUUUCAACGAGUUUUAAAUUGUAUUCAAACAGGCUUCUCGAAUAGUGCUGGCCUUAACAGGCGUGAGGCUCCAAGCAGUAGGGUAAUACUAAAGUGGAGGCUUGAAGGGUCUUGCCCCCUCAAAUAUAUUUUCUUUAAAAUAAAGCUUAAAUUAGGUGCCUUACUCUUAUUUUAAGGAAUUAAGCAUCAUAUAUUUCGUACCUUUACAAAACAUUUAAAAUAUUAAUAAAUGCAAAUUUGAACUCUCUAGUGCGAGGACACUAGUAGUCAAUUGACUUGCUAAUGGUUGACGCUGGCACUGUUAUUGAAACUUCGUAAAAACUAAUUAUAUCUCAUCAGUUAAGUAAAUUACUUUGCAUGAACCUAAAAUGUAAACGUCACUGUAUGAUUAUUGAAAUAGAAUUUGGAGUAAACAUAGCUUUAAUAACUAUAUUUCUUAUUCAGUUAUAUAAUGAUAAUAUAUAUUUAAAUGGUGUUUGAAAGUGGACAUAAAGCAUUUUUUGGUUUUCUAUAUUUUGUAAUAAUAGUGUUUCAUUUCAUUUCAACACGUGUGUUGUGAAGAAUUGGAUAAAUAAGUUCAGUGAUUUGUAUUACGUAAAAUAAAGACGUAUCAUGUCCAACUUCAUUAAUAAAAAGAGGAGCUUUAGUCAUCGGCGUCUUAGUUUGGAACUGCUUGUGGUCUCGUAAACAACUAGGAAUGUAUUAGAUAGAAAUUAUUUAUAUUUAUGUAGUAGUGUAAGGGGGUGUUAUGAUAAAUUAGUUGUUCAUCCUUAGUUGUUUAUAAGGUGUGAAAAUAAUGCUGCUUGAAAGAGGAGAAAAACUAUUGAAUUAAGUAUGUCUGAUAAGAAAAUAUUUAAUGAACGACAUCUAAGAGUGUACAGAUUAAAAAUGCCACUAAAUGGUGAAACGGUAAUCCUCUUAAAGUACCAUAAUAGAAAUAUUACUGUAUAAGCAAAGCAUAACUUCCAUAUUUUCGAUACAUGUAUUAUGUAAAUUUAAAACUAUUAAUUAUACAUGUUAACUAAAUUGUAUAUUUCAAAAGAUAUUUCAUACUAUUUAAUAGCAAUCUAUAAGAAAUUAUAUUACAGAAUGUGAUUUAAUACACCUUAUAUUUGAUGUUUGUAUCCAUAAUAAUUCACUUGAAUAUUAUAUUAUCAUCACAGAAGCAGCAAUAUUGUGGUUUUGCUUACAGAAUUUUGUAUUCUAAACCCAGAGGAAUUCGCACCAUCAUCGGGAUUGAAACAAAAAAUAACUUUCUUUGAAAACACUGUAUAGUUUUAGCGCCUCUAAAAAUGUUUUGUUGAAGUGAAAAAUUAUAUUGAAAUAUUGUGUAUGCGAUAGCGGUGUUUUCACGCAAUAUUAUGAAAUAGUUGAUUAAAAAUAAUGCUAAAUGAUUGAUAGUACAAACUUGAAAAACAUUCUAUUCAAGCAUUUGGUUCGUUUGUAUUUAAUUUACCAAAAGUGUGUAUUCACCUUCAUAGCUCUGUUAAAUGGUUUCACAAAUUAGGGUUUUGUUUGUUGCUAAUAAAGUCCUUUAUAAGAGUA